ACGACGACGUCGGGCCUCGGGCUCGCUCUCGCUCACCAUCUCCGUCUCGUGGCGUCUCGUGCGGUGGCGGAUGUCAGCAGCAGCAGCAGGUGCCAGUGCUGCGGCUCUUCGCGUCCUCGUCGCCUCCCGUCCCCCUCGGUCGCCAUGCGUGCUGGAAGCGACCUCGGCUCGUCGGAGCAGGAGCUGCGUUCGAGUGAACCGAGACGCGGGCGUCGCUCGAAACGAAGGACUGCGGAAUGAGAGUCUGAAAUUUCCCAGCAGCAGCGGCGGCGGGAACGCAGAUUAUGGACCAACGCUCGGGUUCCUCGUCUUGGGCAGAUCACAAGUUUGGAAUCGGAAUGACGGAAAAGUGAGCAGACCGACCUCCGACAUGAAGGCCAGGCACGCUCGUGCAGCGAGGCCCUUCUCUUGCUCGCCGAGGAGUCCCGCAUUCAGUUUCUUUGGCAAGCAGCACAGAGACAAGCUACGUCUGGCUCACACCGUCGGUGCCCCAGGACACAGGCAUGGCAGUCGCAGACCCUAGUAUGCUCGGUGUAGAAGCCAGCUCUCCCACAAAUCACUCCGAGGCCAGUAGCGGCAUGGAGAUUUUCCCACCCCACCAGCACGCGGUGCUCCAAUCCGAGCCUUACAGUUGAAGCACGAGGGUCCCGUCGUGGGGUUUCGACCUGCUCGCUGGAAUGUGCGCCCAUUGCGAUAUCGGGCCGUCGAGGAAAGGCGAGGGUUUAGGAGUUUAGGAGGAGUAGGGAUUGCAAUUUUUGUGCGAAAGCUUCAUCGUGGGCUCGAGCAGACCUAGUCGGAGCUCCGGGGCGCGACGAAUCGAUUCAAUGAGCUAUGCGGCAUUCAAAAUGGUGCACGCGCCCACGGGAGUGGAGACGUGUGCAUCGGCAUUUUUGACGCACUGCCCCGUGGGGGCGGAGGGAGAAGUGAUCAGCCAGGAUGUGAGGUCGCAGUACGCGAGGCUCCAUGGGGUGGACGAGGGGGGCCCGGCGGUGGUGAGCUCGCUGCCCAAUCUGGUGAUCAGCAAGGCGAAUGUGCUCGAGGUUUACUACAUUCGCUGCCAAGAGGACCACGAGCGCAGCAACGGCGAUGCAGCCGUGCCCAUCUCUGCCAUCGGGCAGCCGGGGCGCCGCGGUGGCAACAUGGACGGGAUUUCCGCAGCGUGGCUCGAGCUCGUGUGCCACUACAGGCUGCACGGCAACGUCGAGAGCAUGGCCGUGCUCUCGCAUCGCCAGGACGAAGGCCGUCGACGCAGGGAUGCGGUGAUUUUGGCUUUUCGUGAUGCCAAGAUUUCCGUCCUCGAGUUCGAUGACUCCACUCACAAUCUGCGCACCAGUUCUUUGCACUACUUCGAAGGGCCCGAGUGGGACAGUCUGAAGAGGGGCCGCGAACGCUUCUCCCGUGGCCCCCUGGUGCGGGCUGAACCCAUCGGCAGAUGCGCAGGGAUGCUGGUGUACAAUUGCCAGAUGGUGCUCAUGAAAGCUGCGCAGGUCGGCUAUUGCCUGGGCGACGAGGAUGAUGGAGCAGGGCCUCCAGGUGCCUCCGUCUGUGCCCACAUUGCCUCGUCCUACGUCGUGAGCCUGCGGGAAUUGGACAUGAAACAUGUCAAAGAUUUCGUGUUCCUGCACGGCUACAAUGAACCAGUGAUUCUGUCCCUGCACGAGAAGGAACCCACUUGGGCUGGGCGGGUGGCAUUGAAGCGGCACACUUGUGCAAUCACAGCUCUCAGCAUCAACACCACUCUCAUGCAGCACACCAUCUUCUGGUCGGCCUCGAAUCUACCUUACGACGCGUACAAGCUCAUAGCUGUGCCAUCGCCCAUCGAAGGCGUGCUCGUGCUCUGCGGCAACACCCUUCACUACUACAAUCAGUCCUCGUCCUGCUCACUGGCUCUCAACGAGUUCGCCGCAGCAGCUGAAGGAAGUCCCGAGAUGCCGAAGUCGAAUCUCAGCGUGGAGCUCGACGCAGCUCAGGUCACUUGGAUAUCGCACGACGUCGCCCUCUUCUCCACGAAAAACGGCAACCUGCUGCUUCUGUAUCUGGUUUACGAUGGGCGGACGGUGCAGAAGCUGGAGCUCUCGAAAUCCAGAGCCUCCGUUCUGGCCUCGUGCAUGUGCAUGGUCGGAGGGACGUUUUUCUUCCUGGGAAGCAGGCUCGGGGACAGCCUUCUGGUGCAGUAUUCGCCCACGGUCGCCGGGCUGAAUGGUGGCGGAAAGGCCUCCAAGGAAGGGGACAUCGAGUCCGAGGUUCCCCCCGCCAAGAGACAGCGGCAGUCCCUCUCGGACUCCCAAGAUGCGGCCGAAGAGCUCCUGCUGUACUCUCCCGAGAAGCUGGACUCGCAGAACACGAGGAAAACCUUUUCCUUCGCUGUUCGAGACUCUCUUGUGAAUGUCGGUCCCCUCAGAGACUUGGCCCAGGGCUUGCGGAUGAACGCAGAUAUGGCAGCCACGGGUGUCGCCAAGCAAAGCAACUAUGAGCUGGUCACGUGCUCGGGCCACGGGAAGAAUGGAAGUGUUUCGGUGCUGCAUCAGUCCAUCCGACCGGAUCUCAUCACGGACGUCAAUCUGCCUGGCUGCUCGGGGGUGUGGACUGUCUACCACUUGAAAGAAGGCCAGACCACUCCGGUCGAAGAAGAAGAGUAUCACGCGUACCUGAUCAUCAGCUUGGACGUUCGAACCAUGAUUCUGGAGACCGGGGAGACUUUAGGGGAGGUGACAGAAUCGGCAGAGUAUUACACCCAGGGACCGACUAUCGUGGCAGGAAACCUCUUCGGCAGGAGGCGGGUCAUUCAAGUGUACGCGGAUGGAGUUCGUCUUAUGGAUGGGGUCGUGAAGACUCAGGAAUUGCCUGUCAUUACAAAGGUCUCAGAGCUCGGAACUGAUGAGGUGAAAGUCGUCUCGGCAUCCAUAGCCGAUCCUUUCGUCCUGCUCAAGAUGAGUAACGGUGGUGCUCAGCUCGUGGUUGGGGACCCGGACUCCUGUAGCCUAAACAUUAUAUCUCCUUCGAUUCUGGAAAGCUCGGCGGGUGUCAUUACAGCAUGCACGCUGUUCGCGGAUAAGGCCCCCGGUUGCUGGAUGCAAAGAACGAGCGAUCCCACGUGGUCAUCGAAGAAUACGGAUCAAGGCCGUGUGUACUGUAUCCUGUGUAGGGAAAAUGGUAAUCUCGAGAUCCAUGAUCUUCCUGGAUUUGACUGUGUAUUUCGAGUCAAGAGAUUCACCUACGGUAAUAUGAUUCUCUCUAACUACUUUCUGCCCAGCGCGCAAGAGGCCGCCAAGGCAGCUGAGCCAGAGAGCGUUGUCGAAGUGGAAAGCUUGUUGCAGGAUGAGUCGAAGCAUUUUGUAACAGACGUCUGUAUGGAAACUUGGGGGAAGAAGUUCGGCAGGCCAUUUCUGUUUGCCAUGUUGAGCGAUGGAACAAUGUUGUGCUAUCAUGCUUACAGUUACGAGGACACCGAGGGCAAUGAGCUGGAUUCGGUCACUGUCAACAAUGAGGAGUCCUUUCCUUCAUCGAAGAACUUGCGGUUUGUAAGGACAGCUGUGGAUUGGGUUAGUGAAGAUGACCAGGAGGAUGGAGCUCCGAGCCCGAGGAUCACCCCGAAGUUUGUGCGGUUUUCAAAUGUCGGAAACGUGCAGGGACUUUUUGUGACCGGGGCCAGGCCGGCGUGGCUGAUGGUGUGUCGAGAGCGGAUUCGAGUGCAUCCGCAGUAUUGUGAUGGGGCCAUACUUGCAUUCACACCCUUGCACAACGUGAACUGCAGUCACGGUCUGAUCUAUGCUACAAAUGAGGGUGUCCUCAAAAUCUGUCAGUUGCCAAGCCUUCUGAACUUCGACAACGACUGGCCCCUCCAGAAGAUUCCUCUGAAGAGUACUCCGCACCAAGUUACUUAUCAUGCCGACGUCGGUCUGUACGCCCUGAUUAUCUCCUCAACUGUCAUGUUACCUGCUCCUGAUGUGCAAGGGUCGAAUGACCAUCGCGGAGGUCAUGGUGGAGACCACCACUACGACAAUGGUGGGGGUGACGAUUCGCAGAAUCUGCUGUGCGCCGAAGAGUUUGAGGUGCGCAUGAUCGGGCCAGCUAAAGUUGGCGGCUUGUGGGAAACCAAAGGCUCGCUCCCCAUGCACCAGCUAGAAAAUGCUCUGACGGUGAGAAUUGUGACCAUCAAAACCACCGGGACGGAACAGACGCAGACCUUACUGGCGAUCGGGACUGCGUACGCUCAAGGCGAGGAUAUACCGGCCAAGGGCCGCAUCAUCCUGGUUUCGGUCGGGGGAGAUUCGACUGAAUCAAACGUGUCUGUCAAAGAAGUGUAUUCGAAAGAAAUGAAAGGGUGUAUUUCAGCCAUAGCAUCCCUUCAAGGAAAUCUUCUUCUGGCGAUCGGUGCUAAGAUCAUACUUCACACUUGGAAUGGUUCGGAACUCAAUGGUGCCGCUUUCUUUGAUGCACCGUUAUUUGUAGUGAGCCUGAAUAUUGUCAAGAACUUUGUGUUGUUUGGAGAUAUACAUAAGAGCAUUUACUUCUUGAAUUGGAAGGAGGAAGGAGCCCAGUUGAUUUGCCUGGCCAAAGAUUUCUCAUCACUGGAUUGCUUCACUACCGAGUUCCUCAUCGAUGGUACCACUCUCAGUCUUCUAGUGUCCGAUAGUCGGAAGAACAUACAGAUCUUCUCCUAUGCUCCCAAAAGUAUGGAGAGCUGGAGAGGACAGAAGCUGCUACCGAGGGCCGAGUUUCACUUAGGGGCUCACGUGACCAAGUUCCUACGUCUGCAAAUGCUCCCCACAGCAACAUGCAAUCGGUCCAAUAGGUUUGCAGUCCUUUUUGGCACUCUCGAUGGCAGUAUUGACUUCCUUGCCCCACUAGACGAGUUGACAUUCCGCAGAGUUCAAGCCUUACAGAAGAAACUAGUAGAUGUAGUUCCUCACGUUGGGGGUUUAAAUCCUCGUGCAUUUAGGCAGUUUCAGUGCGACGGAAUGUCUCACAGGCCUGGCCCCGAUAACAUCGUGGACUGCGAGCUGCUUUGCCACUAUACCAUGUUAGCAUUAGAUCAGCAGGUGGAAGUUGCCCGUCAAAUAGGUACUACACGGACGCAGAUUUUGUCCAAUUUGCGUGACCUUUCACUAAGCACUAGCUUUUUAUGAUCCACUUCUGAGGUCCGCGCCG